UUGAUUAUUUAUCUUUUUCCAAAGUUAUAUACUCAAUAACUUAAGUAUCUCAUACUACCUCCGAGUUUAAUUUAAAACUAAAAACAUUAAAAACAAUUUGAAGUGAUAGUAGAAUUUUUAUCAUAAGAGUUUUUUUCUUCUUUAUCUUAGAAAUUAAUUUUAUAAGAAGCUAUUCAUUGAUAGUAGAAUAAUUAUUUAGACUACCUUCUCUUCAUUCUUAGGAGUAUAUUCAUGCCACUUUAUAAGCAUCUAUAAUUAAUACAAAUACAAAUACAUAUUCAUAUUCAUAUUAUUUUCAAUUCAUCUUAAAUUCUUAUUCACUUCAAUUUAUCUCCCUACUAUGAAGAAGCUCUGUCCCAACCUUGAUCACGAGGAUGGGCUUGAAACGGUGCUAGAAGUUCCCAUCCCAGAAGAUAUUUUCACCAUCAAAAGUGGAACCACAUGGAAGAACAUGAAGCAAUGGAUGAAACCAAACAAUGAAUCAAGAUCAUCACGUUUUGAAGAUCCAAACACAAACAAUAUUCAACUAUUGCUUGGUGUUGUUGGAGCACCAUUGAUUCCUUUCCCUAUCACAUAUGAUUACAAACCCAUCAUCACUCGUAGCAUUAAAGACCAUAACAUUGAGGCUUCGAUGGCGAAGUAUAUAGUGAAACAAUACGCGGCAGCGGUAGGAGGAGAGAGUAAUUUGAAUAAGGUUGAAAGUAUGUAUGCAAUGGGUGAGGUGAGAAUAGGGAGUUCAGAGUUUGAGGCAGGGGAAGGGGGUGUGAAUAGCAAGAAGAAGAAUAAGGUGAAAAAAGUUGAGAUGAAAGGAGAGAUGGGAGGAGGGUUUGUAGUAUGGAAAAAGAAGCCAGAAUUGUGGUGUUUGGAAUUGGUGGUUUGUGGGUACAAAAUAAGUGCUGGGAGUGAUGGAAAAAUGUGUUGGAGGCAAACCCCUUGGCAUCAUUCUCAUGCUUCUCGAGGCCCACCAAGACCACUUAGGCGUUUAUUUCAGGGUCUUGAUCCAAUGUCAACAACCAAUCUUUUCAACAACUCUACAUGCAUAGGAGAGAAAAAAUUGAACAAUGAAGAAUGUUUCAUUCUAAAACUUGAAGCUGACUCUACUGCAUUGCAAACAAGAAGUAGUAACAAGAUAGAAAUAAUUGGUCACACACUAUUAGGCUAUUUCAGCCAAAGAACAGGACUUUUGGUUCAAUUAGAAGACACCAACUUGAUCAAACUCAAAUCCUCUGAAAAUGACACAAUAUUUUGGGAAACAAACACAGAAUCUCUCAUACAAGACUACAAAAUAGUUGAUGGCAUUCAAAUAGCACAUUAUGGAAAAACUUUGGUCACUUUAUCAAGGUUUGGUGAAGGACAUGAGAGUCAUUCUAGGACAAUUAUAAAAGAGGUUUGGAAAAUUGAUGAAGUUGAAUUUAAUAUUAAAGGUUUGUCCUUAGAUUGUUUUCUAGCACCUAGUGAUUUAAAGAAAGAAGAAGAAAAAGGGGUGGAAGAAUGUGGGAUGGUUCCUAUGAGGAAUGUUAUUUUUCCCUAUAAGAUUCAAUCAGCUUCCUUUAAGAUUAGUGCUUCUAAAGUAGUUGCAAUUAAUGUUGAUGAUUCAUGUGCUAAUGAAAGCAUUCACAAUACGUAAAUUUAUGGAUGUUUCAAUUUAUAAUACCAUUCGUUCUUCUAUUGGUUAA